GGAUAGGCUUGGGGGGACUGCGCCCAGAAGCCAGCCCCCCAAAAAGCCACCUUUUGCCUGCGCCCUCUUCAGCUCUCGUCCCGAGCCCCGAGAAAUCGUCACCAUGCAAACAAUCAGUGUACCAGCGUCGACUCUUCAGUCAGCCUCACGAUGGCCAAAUACGGACCGCUGUCUCUCUCAAACAGCGCGUGAACUUCACCUUCCUCUCACCUGACAUAAUAUUGUUAUCCUACUCAUAUACAUCUCUCAUGGCAUACAACAAAGCAUUCAAUCCCGAUGCCUUGCCUGCUCACGCAGAGCCCGAGCAGGCUGCGCAAGCUCUCAGUCAACUCGAAGCAAAUCGUAUCCCACUCCGUCCUGGCCAAAAGCAGGCUCCUUUGAACCCAAUCUCUCAACACCCUGCGCCAGCUGGUGGCCGUCGUCCCUCCCCUGCGGGCAUUCCCCAGAAUUCCUAUCGACCACCUCCUGCUCAAAUAAGUCCGCAACAACGCCCUAUACACAAUCAACCUUACGGUGACAACCAGUUUUCGCGCUUACAAUCGCCCCCUCCAACGAGCUAUGGCUACACAUCUCGUCCCCCGGUUGAUCCUGCCGGUGCGCGACGAAGUUCGCAUGAAACACACCAAUAUCCACCCAGGACGCCUGCACCUCAAGAUCCUGACACAGUUGACCUGCAGCCUCUUUUCCGUGCUGCAAAUGCAUCAGGCACUGGAUCGCUCACAACAACGGAGCUGGGUUCGGCCUUGGUGAAUGCUGACUUCACUCCUUUCGAUAGCCGAACUAUCUCUUCGUUGAUGCGCAUGUUCACCAACUCACCUCCAAACCAGCCCCAAGGGCCGACGAUUACCUAUCAAGAGUUUGAAAACCUUUGGCGCUUUCUCGCCGCCUGGCGCACUCUGUUCGAGAAAUUCGAUGAGGACAGGAGCGGCCGAAUAUCGUUGGCAGAGUUCUCCAAGGCUCUGACGGCGUUUGGAUAUCGGUUGUCCGCGCCGUUCGUCAACAUUCUCUACCACACCUUCAACGAUCGAAGUCCCAUCCAGAAUCAAGGCAUGAGCUUUGAUCUAUUUGUACAAUCGUGCAUCAGUCUGAAAAGGAUGACUGACGUCUUUAAGAAGUACGACGAUGACCGGGAUGGGUAUGUCAGCCUGAGCUUCGAGGAGUUCCUAACGGAGAUUCUACGAUUGCGGGAUUAAUCUGCGGGUGUUUCCAGUCUUGAACCUACAUUUAAUGUAUCUCGGCCUCCCAGAGUAAGAAGUCGCCUUGGAUAAAGUGACUUUUGAAUGCUUUGAAAUUCCUUUGAUGUUGGCAACUCCGUAGCGGAGUCUGUCUCUCCGUAUGCAAACCCCUGCAGGUAGUAUCCACCAAGCCUGUGGAAGUAAAAAAUGGCAGAGUCUGACGCACUCUCGAGAUAACGACGAGGCAACUGCCAGAUCAAACAGCUGAUAUCGUCAAUUGAGGAUAGGGGUAUCAUUCAGCAUAAUAAUAGAGU